AUGGCGAUGAUUUUUUUCUUUCUCUUUUGUCUGCUGCUUUCUUACUUUCUUUUUUUUCUCCAUUUUCUUUCUUUCUUUCUUUCUUUCUUUCUUUCUUUCUGUCUCAGUCUGUCUCAGCUUGCUUUUUGUAGUUCUCUUCGCUACGUUAAAAAUUACACUUCAUUAACAUAUGAAACUUUUGUUCUUUCUUUCUUUCUUUCUUUCUUUCUUUCUUUCUUUCUUUCUUUCUUUUUCUUUCUUUCUUUCUUUUUUUUUUCUUUUUUUGUUUUUUUGUGUUUUCUUUCUUUCUUUUUUUUGUUUUGCUUAAACCUCCAAGAAAUCAAUUUAAUUUUUCCCUUUUCAUUUAAAAUUAAACCUCCAAGCUUUCUUUAUGAAGCUUUCUUUCUUUCUUUCUUUCUUUCUUUCUUUCUUUCUUUCUUUUCUAUAUCUCAUUUCUACAUCUUUUCAGCCAUUAUGUAUUCUUUUCUUGACAUAUUUUUGCUUUCCAUCUAUUUUUCUUUAAUAGUGAUUUUUUCUUUCUUUCGCGAUUUCUUUCUUUCUCUCUCUUUCUUUCUUUUUUUCUUUAUUCUCUCAUUUUGCUGGGAUUUCUUUAUUUUAUUUUUCAUUGAAAUUUCAUUUAUCCUAAAUUUAGUUUUUGUUUGUUCCAUUGAAAUUUUUAUCUUUUCAAAAUAUCAGGCCAUUUCUUUCUUUCUUUCUUUCUUUCUUUCUUUCUUUCUUUCUUUCUUUCUUUCUUUCUUUCUUUCUUUCUUUUUUCUACAUCUCCUUUCAACUUGUUGA